UUAAAUUCUCUAAAUGCAUUUUAAAAAUAAAGACUAAUUGCUUUAAUACUAUUGCAGAACCCACACAGAUCUACAGAUACCUAAGAUCAAGAAAUGUUCUAAGUCCGAUUUUUCUACAACGCACACUAUACUACAUGCGUGGGAGGAUGAGCCGCAGCCACAAGAACAGAAUGUCAUUUAAACUAGACUGUCUGCUGGAUAAGGUGACGCAGAAGAGUGAGCGGCAAAAUGAGCGGCCAGCUAGCUACCUCAAUAUAGCCUUCACUGGUUUCCAUGAUGAUAAAUUGGAAGGUGUGUGUGGGGACGUUGCUCGAGUGGAAACUUUUAUUGUCAAGAUGUGUCAUAAGAAGCGGAAAGAAUCAUCAGCGCCAUUAAUGCAAGUAUCUGUAGGGACACAGGAUGUGAACAUCAAUCCAUCAGAAGGGGAAGGUGGUGGUGGUUGUGGGCGAAAUGCCUGCCUUAGCAUACCUACACACAAUUUUACCUCAAGUAAUGGCCAUCAAGUCAAGUCUUAUGUCUUAGUAUUCCGUGUUUCUUUAGUGCACGAUCAAGAAAAUGCAGGGGAACCUGUUGUCAAGCGCCGUCGUGUUGGUCGAAGUGCUUCACAAGAUUCCCAAGAUUCUAAUAUACCAUUAAUUAGCACUAAUGCAAUCAAUGGGGAUAGUCAUGGUGGUGUAGGAUCAACGUAUGCUGGUGAAUUGGUGAUGUUUGACCGUCAUGGGCGUUGUUUAUUAACUCCAGGACAAUACGAAUUAAUGUUGGAGCUUCAAGCAGGGGAGACAACACAGCUUUGUAAAUCAAGCCCAAAGAAGAAUGCGAGCUGGGAGAGCAUUGAUACCCUCAAAUUUGAUGGUAUAUUUAAUAAUAUUCCUGUUCUUAAGUUUACAUUAAACUGGAACAGUGAAAACUCAACCUCUGUCAUAGAGCGACCAAGACUACGACCUCUAAAACCCCUAGAUGUUGUCUUGGCUAAUAGUGCAUCUACAAAACCAAAGCCUCAGGGUGUGGCUAGUCCUGAGGCUCCCCAACUUGUGCUCUACCAAUUUGUGUAUAAUAACAACAGCAGACAACAGACUGAAGCCAGGCGGGACUUCCACUGUCCUUGGUGCUCCCUCAACUGUAUGGCUCUCUACUCACUUCUAAAACACCUCAAGCUCUGUCAUGCUCGCUUUACCUUCACAUAUGUUCCACAUCCUAAAGGAGCACGAAUUGAUGUUGCACUCAAUGAGUGUUAUGAUGGCUCUUAUGCAGGAAAUCCACAAGACUUGGUAGCUAUGCCAGCUGGAUUUGCCUUUUCCCGCAGUGGACCCACGCGGCGAACACCAACCACUUCAGUAUUAGUCUGCAGACCAAAAAGACCGAAACCUUCAUUAUCAGAAUUUCUAGAACAAGAUGAUGAUUUUGAUUUACCACGGUCAUAUAUAUUAGGCCAUAAUAGAUUGUAUCACCACACAAUGACAUGCCUGCCAAUACAACCCCAUGAACUUGAUGAAGACAGCGAAGGGGAGCAUGAUUCUGAAUGGGUCCGCCAGAAAACACAGAUGAUGAUUGAUGAAUUUUCUGAUGUGAAUGAAGGUGAAAAGGAGCUAAUGAAAAUGUGGAAUCUUCAUGUUAUGAAAUAUAACUUUGUAGGUGACAGCCAGAUCCCAUUAGCGUGCUCAAUGUUCUUGGAGAGUCACGGUACUGAACUCUUGCGUAAAAGUUUGUAUCGGAACUUUGUCUUGCAUAUGGUCUCCUUGCAUGACUUUGGCCUCAUCGGGACUGGUGUUGUAUACAAGUGUAUCCUUCAUUUACAAAAUAAAAUGCAAGAUCCAAGUGUUCAGAAGCAGUUAGCAGCAAGUUGGGAGGAGCAGCGUAGAUCAUCAAAGAAGCUUUUUUCAUCCUAUAAUGGUUCCUCAAGCUCAUUCGUCUCACCAGUGAAGCAGGAGUCAACAUGCUCCUCAGCAACCAGCAAUGGGUUGACCGAGGAGAGCAAAAGUUCUCCCACCAAAAGCAAGUAAUGUAGUGAAUAAGAAGUGUUGUGUACAGUGAUGUGGAAAUCUCUACGACUCAGGGUCAUUCUGCUGCGCAAGGGCUGCACCUAAGUACAAAAGUGUGUAGAUGGUGCCACUGAAGCACUGCAGGGGCCUACCAUACCACUGCCAGUACAACAUAGUGGCCCACGAGUUGCUGCCCAUUUUUAAUUAUAUAGUUUUACCAAUUUUGAUAAGUAAUGAUUGGUUUUAUCAAAUUUCUAGGUAGAAACAGUGCACGAGAUUGUGAGGCAAUUAUAUGGAAGAAUCUUUAAAUUUGUGGCACAGGUUUAGAGCCAUAUUGUUGAAGAUGAGCUUGGGUUUCAAACUUGGGGGCCACCAAUGUGACUACCAUAUGAUGGCUUGUGAUCAUCACAGUUACUCAUUUUCAUGAAUUAUGUGGUUGUAAUAAUGGUUUCUAAGAUCUGGUUUAAGUGUUGAAAUCCCAUAUGCUAUUAUAAAUUUUAAUACAAGUUUCAGCAAAUAUGGGCAAUUGCCAAGGUUACCCAUAUAUUAAUUGUAAGUGUUUAAAUAUCAAAAUAUCUUGAUAAUUUUUAGUUAUUGCCCAUACAGAAUUACUGAGAAUAUUAAAUUUUUAUUAAUAAUUUAUUAUUUUUAUACUAUUAUUUUUUGUCAACACUUAAGAGAAUACUAUUGGUUCUAUGCUUUAGAUUUAUUUUAUGUGAAUAUAUAUAUAUAUAAUUUUUUUAAGCAAGUUUAGAAUCACAUAGGCAUACCCAGAUUAUCAGACAUGGUUGGGUAAUUAACAUCUGUACUGUCUAGCUUAAUACACAUUGGACCAAACCCUUGGCAUCUUAAGGCCACAGAAGUAACCUAAAUAUGGACAUUGCAUAUAUUUUGUUACAGGAAUUUCUUAUCCAGUGUUUUUGAGAUCUUUAGGGUAAAGUGUCCUUUGAAGUCAGAUAUUAUGCAUUUUAUGCAUAAAUAUAAAUUAUCGAUAUUAUUUAUAUAACCCAUGUAGGUGGUUUAUAACUUAAUUCGCUGUUUAGGGCUUAUUCUGGAGAUGCUUUCAACCCAGUCAAAAUGUUAAAAAAUCUGUUUGUGCUCAAAGCUGUGUGUGCAUGGAUUUGCAAGUUAAAAUAGUGUGAAUAUCAUUGAUAUAAAUGUGGUAUGAAUUUUCAACACCAGUGUAUUUAUAUUGCGAGAGUAUCGGUGCAUCUUCUGAAUAUGUCCUUCCUCUUCCUCCCUUCCAGCAAAUGAAUUACCACAUGGUAUCAGUCAUAACAUGACUUCCAGUAUCAUGGUCAGCAGUCUUGAUUGCAGUUUUGUGUGUGUAUGUUAUUUCAUGACUUUUUUUUUCCAGUCAGUAUGUAUAAUAAAGAUCAAAAUUACAUUUACCAGUCAAUAUGGAUAGUGAAGAUUAAAUGCUGACAUCUGUGAUGUCACCUUUCAUAUGGUUAAAAAAUAAUGGUUGAUUUUUCCCUAGAGAUUUACUUUUUGGUUGGGAUAUAUUUUAGUAUAAUUGAGCAAAUUACAGGUAAUUUUUAAUUUCAGUAGGGAUUUUUUUUUAAAGGAAACAUGUCUUACCUUCCAGUACUGGUGACUAUUUACAAUAAAAGGAUUUGAUAUUGAAUAAUUA